AUGUCUUUGCCUCCGCCUCCGCCUGGACCACUGCCUCCGCACGCCAACGACGACCGGGGAAAAGCUGCAGUGGCUGUGUACUGGGCUCAAGCCGCCAUCGCCAUCAUAAUCGUGGCGCUGCGAUUCUACGCUCGCAUCCUCAUCCGCUCUCUUGGCGCAGAUGAUUGGCUCAUGUUUUCGACUCUCCUGAUCUUCAUCGCCAUGUCCAUCUUGAUCACCUACCAAUCCAGCCUUGGCGGCUUCAAGCACAUCUACAGCGUGACGCCAGCCAACCUCCCCGAAGUCGGCAAGGUGAACUACAUGUUGCAAGCCUGGGGUCUCUUCUCUUUCGUGACCGGCAAAGCAGCGGUUGGCUACCUGAUCCUACGGGUCAUGGGCAACCGGUUUGUGUGGCAGAAAUGGACGAUCUGGGUAGCCAUCGUUCUUACCUUGGUGCUUAAUUCGGUGAACAUCGUUUUGACGUUUGUGCAAUGCGACCCUUCACGUGCACUAUGGCAGAAGGAUAUCAAGGCGAAAUGCUGGGAUCCAAAGGUUCAGGCUGAUUUUGCGUUUUUCGUGUCUGCGGAAAACACAUUUGUCGACGUCGUCCUAGCCGUCCUCCCCGUCACGAUCCUCUGGAAGCUCAAUAUGACGUUCAGGAAUCGGAUGAUUCUGUGCAUCCUCCUGGGACUGGGACUUUGCGCCGCCAUCUGCGGUAUAGUCAAAAUGACCUACCUCGGCUCUCUGACCGCGCGCUCCGAUAUCACUUGGGAGACAUACAAUCUGGUCGUCUGGUCCGGCGCCGAGACCUUUGUCAUCAUCAUCUGUGGGAGCGUCCCGCCCUUGAAGACGCUCUGGAGCAAAUACGUCUCCAAGAGUACCCUCAUCGGUCCAGACACCCGCCAGCGAUAUGGUGGUGGUCCGGAUGGUGAAAGGAUGGCAGCGAGGAUGGCGUCUGAUAAGGAUUCGUCCUUUGCGUCGAGUAAGACCGGGGUGAGUCAUGUUGAGUCCGAGCAUAGAAAGGAUUGUAUGAAGAAAGGCGGCGCGAGGGAGAUCCAUACGGUGAGAGAUUUUGAGGUGUCGAGUGCGCAGAUGAGUGUUUAA